AUGAUACAUCACAUUGACAAGAAGUGUAAACCUUUGAAUUUGGAAUCAUUGUUAACCAUUUGGGGAAGAUCUAGACUUGGGACUGUCUCUGCACAGGAUACCAAUGACCAAGGCACAGGCUCAGCAUUGGACUUGAUUUCUGAAAUUUCUGAAGAAAUUUGUUCUCAACUUCACUCUGGAAUCAUGAGAACAGCACGAAAAAUUGUACUUGAUGAGAUUGUUAGUUACAUUAUUUCGGAUCCUCUUUCUGCCAAGAAAAUUCGUGAGAAUCAUUUGACUGAACCUGUUGUUGAGGCUCCUAAAUCCUUGUCAAAAUGCAAUGGAAAGUCUGAAAUAUGUUAUGAGAGAAAGGAGGAUGUUGUGAUUUUGGAUGAAACAGGAGUAUCCGACAGUGGUGAGGAGAAAUGUAAUGUUGAAACAAUAAGAUCUCCGCCUCACCUGAAAUCAGUUGGAAGCUAUGAAAACUUCUGUGCAGCAUAUAUGGCCGUUAACAGAAUGCUUUUUCUUUCUUCUUCUGAGGUCUUGUGGAAUGCUGUCUUUUAUGAUCCUAUUGCUAACUAUUCAUGUGCAUGGAGAAAGAGGAAACUGUGGCAACCUCCUUAUGUUGUUGAGAGAUGCACCCCAUGCAGAGAGUUAAAUGUGCAGAUUGAAAAUCGAGAAGCUGCUGACUACCUGAUUCUCGAGCAUGACUCAUCCUCUGAAGUAGAUUGCCCGCCAGGUUUUGGACCUGGUUCUUCUUGGCAAGACAUUGAGUUCAUCCUGGAUUAUGUACUGGAUGAUCUUCACUCAGCUUCGAAGCUGUCAUUAGUAGAUUACUUUCAAAGUCUUGUGGAUGAACAAGUGAAGGAGACCCUUAUUUCGUCAGAUAGUGGUCAUAUGAAUCAGGUAUCUCUGAAGUCCUCUCAUCUACACGGCAAUAUAAGUGCAUAUGGUCAAAAAUCAUUUUACAAUUCAGCAGUUAUGUUAUCAAAUGCUGGCCAAGUCACAAAACUUCUAUCGCAGGGUGGUGUUCAUCAUCAUGAAGUUUCCAUGACAAAUUUAUCAAAAGGUGUAUUUGGGAAAUUGCCCAUGCAUUUAAAUGAUCAAACUAGUACUGAGGUAGAUGAAUUGUGGCCUUCACAACCUGAGGAAAGCGUGGAACAAAAUGUUCCAUUACAUUUCUCUCGGAGGGAAUUUGAAAAAUUGCCUGUGCAUUUAGAAGAUGGCAGUGAUAUUGCAGUUGUCGAUGGAUUACGCCCGCCUGAACUUGAGGAAAUUACUUAUUGUGCUUCAUCACAUACUCUCCUAGUAGAGUCAUUUAAAUUGGAUGAACAGGUUUCAAAAACUAUUUUCCAGGUUGCACUAAUGAUAAUUCGUCAGAGGUUAUACGAGUGUGUCCGGAGAAAAUUGAAAUCUCUGUAUAUUGAUGAUGCCAUUGAGAAAGCUCUAACAAUGACAUGCUCUUUUAGGGGAAUCGCAUCAGGCAGUAAGGGAGCCAUAGGUUGGGUGAAUAAAGAGAAACCUGCUUAUGGAAAGAGAUUUUCUGAAGAGACAUUAUUAGUUGGUAAAUAUAAAUAUUCUCGGAGAAGAAUGUUGAGCAAUAAAGUGCCAGGAUCAUUUUUUCAGUUUUUGGCUACUGGAGACACUGAUAAUCUGAAACGAGGAUUGAAAAGGUCAAGGAGAGGUUCCAUCCUUGGAAAUAUCAAUCAUGCUACUCAAGUUGAAAAUGCAACUUCUAACUUAAAGAGAAUUGUAGAACAUGACAGUAGUAAGCCACAUGCUAAUGUUCGAAUUGGGGGGAAAAGAUCAUCCUUGCAUGUUAGUAGAAAAACAUCAGAAAAGACCGCAAGAGCUAGUCGAGCAAGCAAAGUUUCAAAACCGAAAAAGAAGCAACUAAUUGAUGAUACAGAACACUCGCAGCCAGGGAAAGUCCAGAAGUUAGUAAGUGAAAUUUCCAAAGAACCUCCACGUAGACAAGGUUCAGUUAAGAAGAUCAAGGGAAGCAAGUCUAGGACCUUAAGGCCUUGCCUUCAGUCGGAAGGUUGUGCUAGAUCCUCUAUGAAUGGCUGGGAAUGGCGUAAAUGGUCUUUGAGCGCUAGUCCUGCUGAAAAGGCUCGGGUUAGGGGCAGUAGCAUUGAUUCCCAAUAUGUAAAUCGUGAAACCAUUGGAUCUCAUUCUUCAAAUAAGGGACUUUCAGCGAGAACAAACAGGGUCAAGUUGCGUAACCUUCUUGCUGCUGCAGAGGGUGCUGAUCUUCUCAAAGCCACACAGCUGAAAGCGAGGAAAAAACGCCUGCGUUUCCAGCGGAGCAAGAUACAUGAUUGGGGUCUUAUUGCGCUUGAACCAAUUGAAGCAGAGGACUUUGUUAUAGAAUAUGUUGGGGAACUUAUUCGCCCUCGUAUAUCUGACAUACGUGAGUGCGAGUACGAGAAAAUGGGAAUUGGUAGCAGUUAUCUUUUCAGAUUGGACGAUGGAUAUGUCGUUGAUGCUACGAAGCGCGGAGGGAUUGCUAGAUUUAUAAAUCAUUCCUGUGAGCCUAAUUGCUACACUAAGGUCAUUAGUGUCGAGGGACAGAAGAAAAUUUUCAUUUACGCAAAGCGGCAUAUCUCUGCUGGUGAAGAACUAACUUACAAUUACAAGUUCCCGUUGGAAGAGAAAAAGAUACCUUGUAACUGUGGUUCUAGGCGGUGCCGAGGGGCGUUGAACUGA